GCCCGUUCCAACCAGUUAAACUCCAGCGAGAGCGGUGCAAGCUUGGGGUUCACCCAAUUCAGAGCCCGUCUGUCUCAGUGCUCCAGUCCGUGUCCGUGGUUAACGUGAAGCCCCGCUCCUGCGAGCCCAAACCGCCUGCGACGCAGCUCCCAACCAGCAGCCGAAGAAUACCACACAGUCUUGUGUCCCAUACCUAGGACCACCCAUAUCUGGCAUACAUCAUGGCUCUCGUCCCUCCUGUUGAGAGGGAUGGCUUCUCCUACGCAGGAGAUUUACUUUUCCGUGAAACAAGUAAUCUCAACCGCCACCGUCGAGCGACCGUGCUGGAGCUCAAGGCUCAUUUCACUGGAAAAGACACUGAGAAUCGGCCCGCUCACUGGUACGAAGCUCAAUUGCUUCAUUAUGGCUUGCCUCCCAGCAAGGUUAAGGGUACAGCUCACAAACGUCUCUUUGACGCCGUGAUGGGUAAAGACGGCCUCACUGUGCCAGCUAACAUCAAAAAGAUUGAGGCCGACUUGAAGAGAGAAUGGAACAAGCGGGAGCGGGAGGCAAGGAAGGUCCUUAAGGAGUCCGAGGGCAGAGGCACCAAGCGCAAGACUGACCAGGUCUCCACCAAAGUCAACGUGAAUGUCACUGUCCAGGUCUCCAACACUGGGGCUGUCCAGAUCGAGACCGCUCAGCCUUCAACCAAGCGGCCGAGGGUUACGAAAUCAGCAGCACCCACUGCGAAGACGGCCACUGCCCCUACAACCACAGCCAAGUCUAACAAGUCACCUGCCACCAAGCCAGAGAGGGUCAAACCGACACCAGUCAAACUCGCUGGCAAGAAAGCAAUCGCGAAGACACCGGCCCGGCAAUCUCGCCUCCCCAAGUCAAUUACUGCCCAGACUCCGGGGUACGUAGGCGGAGAUGCGAGUGGGAGCUAUGGCGAAGCGCCCCGUCCCUACUCUGAGGCUGACCCUGGUCGUGGUGCUGGAUUACGAGCUAGCCCUCGGCGGCCUAUCGGUCUGCUCAACGGAAGAUACAAGGUUGAGUGUCCUUACAUGGGCGGCAAUUUCCCAGAGUACGAGGACGACUUCGGAAUUAUCGCGACUCUGGACGGUACCAAGCUCUGGCUGAAGUUUGACUUCGGCCCGCUUGUUGGGAUCAUGCAGACGGACAGGCCUUACGAGGCAGAUGAGGAUGGACACGGGACCAGGCUGUUCUGGCGUGCAGAGUGCACGUUUGAGCAACGAGAUAUCAACAUCGACACCCUCUCUCGUGCCGGCCUGGUAAACAAAGUGCAUUUCCCAGGUGGUGGUCAUGUUCGAGGCAUGAUUGCAUAUGACCGCCAUGUGAUCGAGUUCGACGCUUACAGGAUCCCGGGACAGUCGGUGACCUCCGAGAUCAGUCCUACUCAAGCACGAGCUGAGUGGGCCAGACGAGAUCAGCAAAACUGGGACUGAAUAGUUAUUAGGAACGAGUCGUAGGUCGCACAGAAGAGAUGCUUUAUCGAACACGGUUCAGGCAUUUGGCAGCGAAAUGAAGGUGUCUUGGGGGGAUGGGUGUUGAUUUUGCACAGCAUAUCUAGGUAGCAGGCUACCAUGAAAUCCGCAUAUUGUCUUGGGGUUUGAUAGAUGCCAGUCUUGUA